AUGGCCUUUGAGGAGCUCCUGGAUGAAGUUGGUGGCCUGGGGAAAUUUCAGAUCCUUCAGAUGGUUUUAAUUCUUCCUUCUCUCAUGAUAGUAAUGUGCCAGACACUGUUGGAAAACUUCACUGCAGCCAUUCCUGGUCAUCGCUGCUGGGUCCCCAUCCUUGAUAAUGAUACUAUACCUGAUAAAGACACUGUCUCUGAUAAUGACACUGGAACCCUCAGCCCUGAUGUCCUCCUGAGAAUCUCCAUCCCAUUGGAUUCAAACUUGAAGCCAGAGCAAUGUCGUCGCUUCCUCCUCCCCCAGUGGCAUCUUCUCCACCUGAAUGGGACCUUCCCCAACAUGACUGACUUGGACACGGAGCCCUGUGUGGAUGGCUGGGUGUUUGACCGAAGCUCCUUCCCCUCCACCAUCGUGACUGAGUGGGACCUUGUAUGUGAUUAUCAAUCACAGAAACUAUUGGUUCAAUUCUUGUUCAUGGCUGGAAUGCUGGUGGGGGGCCUCAUAUAUGGCCAUCUCUCGGACAAGUUUGGGCGAAAGUUGAUUCUGAGGUGGUGUUUCCUGCAACUUGCCAUCUCUGGGACCUGUGCAGCCUUUGCUCCCGCCUUCCUCAUUUACUGCUCACUACGCUUUUGGUCAGGUUGUUCUGCUGUGGUUGUCAUAGUAAAUACCUGUAUGCUCAUGGUAGAGUGGACAAGGUCUCAGUCAAAAGCCCUGGUAUUAACAUUGAUAUGCUGUGCCUUUAGUAUUGGACAGAUAAUGCUGGGAGGACUGGCUUUUGUCUUUCGAGAAUGGCGUACCCUGCAGCUGGUGGUGUCUGUACCUUUCUUUGUCUUUUUCCUCUCCUCAAGGUGGCUGGUGGAGUCUGCUCGGUGGCUGAUUAUAACCAAUAAACCAGAUGAGGGCUUAAAGGAACUUAAAACUGUUGCACACAUAAAUGGAAGAACAUAUGUUAAAGAAACCCUGAACAUGGAGGGUUUGAGAGCUACCAUGCAGGAGGAGCUGGAGGCAGCACAGACCAAAACUACUGUGUUUGACUUGUUCCGCACACCCAACCUGCGUAAAAGGAUCUGUCUCCUGCUCAUUGUGAGAUUGGCAAAUGCAAUACCACUUUAUGGCAUCUUUAUCAAUCUACAGUACUUUGGGAGCAAUAUUUUCCUGUUCCAGGUAAUCUUUGGAGCUCUCACAGCCUCUGCCCGGUGUCUUGCACUUUUAGCUCUGAAUUACAUGGGCCGUCGACCAAUCCAGAUGCUUUUCAUGUUCCUGGUGGGACUUUCCAUUUUGGCCAACACGUUGGUCCCCCAAGAAAUGCAGACCCUGCGUGUGACUUUGGCAAGUGUGGGAAUGAGCUUUGUUGCCGCCUCUCAAACAAGUUAUUCUGUCCACUAUGCUGAACUCCUCCCCACUGUCGUCAGGGCAAAAGCUUUGGGAUUCGAUACAAUGGCUAUGAGGGCUGGGGCAGCACUGGCUCCCCUCUUGAUGACCCUAGUGGUGUAUGUACCCACCUUGCCCUGGAUCAUCUAUGGAGUCUUCCCCAUCAUUGCUAGUUCUGCUGUUCUUUUCCAACUGGAAACCAGAAAUCUGCCUCUGCCUGACACGAUCCAGGAUGUGGAAAAUAACAAACAUUUCUCAAGAAAAGUAAAUGAAAAAGAUUCCUACAUAAAAGUGACAAAAUUUUAAGGAGAAUUUAUGAG